AACCUGCGCCAGUGGGAGCUGAAUGAGCGAGAGUGGACGAUUGCACAGCAACUCUGUGACGUCCUUCGGGUCUUUGCCGACGCGACCGAAUUUUUCUCGCGUGAAGGCGAGGAGGCCCCGACUCUCACGGAUGUCAUCCCAUCCAUGGAUGAGAUUGACGAGCAACUUGCGACGGACACCACGGACACGACGCUCGAUCCAGCCAUUCGCGUCGCCGUCGGGUGUGCCAAACGAACCAUCAAUCAUUACUACGACAAGACCGAUGAGUCGGCGGCAUACCGCAUCGCAAUGAUUCUCAACCCCCGUUAUAAGCUCCAAUACUUCACCGAGCAUGGGUGGCUCGCCAGCUGGGUCAGCGACGCA